AUGCUGGUUGCAGUACUGCUGACCAAUUUAUUAAGUAUUUAUUUAUUUAUUUAUUUAUUCAUGUGGCUUUACUUGUGUUCUGCUCUGGUUGCUGCUCUCCCCCUCGUAGCUUUAACUUUUAAACGAUUCUUCCCGUACGUUUGGGCGGAUAUCUUAUAUAUCGCAGAUCUUGUGAGGAUUCUGCUCAAGUUCGUGUGGAGACGAAGGAGGGGCAGACCUGUCUUCUUCGCAUUGGACCGCUUUUUGGAGCAGACCGCGGCCCGCCCGGAGAAACCUUUCGUUGUAUUCGAAAAUGACGUGUACACGUUCGCGUCGACUGACCGGAGGAGCAACCGGAUUGCCAACGCGCUCCUCGCCCACCCGCGGUACUCGGCGGGGGACGCCGUGGCCCUGUUUAUGCCCAACGAACCCGCCUUCAUGUUUACCUGGUUGGCCAUGGCCAAACUGGGAUCUCCGGUGGCUCUGCUCAACUACAACAUUCGCAGCAAGUCUCUGCUGCACUGCUUUAACUGCAGCAAGGCCAAGGUUAUCAUCGCAGCAGCAGAGCUGAAGCAAGCGGUGGAAGAAGUCCUGCCGUCUCUUCAAGAACAGGGUGUUAUCGUGCUCUUAAUGGUCCAAAGCUGUGACACACCCGGCAUUGAGAGCUUCUCCGAUAAAGUUGAUCAAGCAUCCGACGCUGCACUUCCGCUCUCGCUUAGAGAACACAUCACAUACAAAAGCCCUGCAGUUUAUAUUUACACAUCUGGAACCACAGGUCUGCCCAAAGCAGCUGUGGUCAACCAAAACCGCCUCCUUAUAGCUUUAGCGGUUUUAUCUGCAAAUGGUGUGUCGUCAAGUGACGUCAUUUAUCUCAAUUUGCCUCUUUACCACACUGCAGGAUUCAUUAUAGGCUUUAUCGGCUCUAUUGAGACAGGGUCCACAAUCAUUCUGAAGAGGAAGUUUUCAGCCUCUCAGUUCUGGGAUGACUGCAGGAAAUACAACGUUACAGUUGUGCAGUACAUAGGAGAAGUCAUGCGCUAUCUGUGCAGCACACCCCAGAAAGAAAAUGACAAGGACCACAAGGUACGACUAGCCAUUGGAAAUGGAAUCCGGGCGGAUAUAUGGCGGGAGUUUCUGAAGCGCUUUGGGAACAUUCAGAUCAAAGAGUUUUAUGCCUCGACUGAGGGAAAUGUAGGAUUUGUCAACUACGCGGGCAAAAUUGGGGCCCUUGGAAGGGUCAACUUUUUACACAGGAAACUGUUUCCCUACAGUCUUGUCAAGUAUGAUACAGAGCGUGAUGAGGUGAUUCGAGACAGCAACGGUCUCUGCAUAGAGGCACUCAAAGGAGAGACAGGGCUGCUGGUGUCAAAAAUUACCGACAUAGCUCCUUUUGUUGGCUACGCUCAAAAUGAAGAGCAAACGGAGCGCAAAAGACUCCGUAACGUUUUGAAAAAGGGAGAUUUGUACUUCAACAGCGGAGACCUUAUGCGGAUUGACAAGGACAACUUCAUUUACUUUCAGGAUCGUGUAGGGGACACAUUCAGAUGGAAAGGAGAAAAUGUGGCUACAACGGAAGUUUCUGACAUUCUGACAUUGACUGAUUGUCUCAAAGAAGCCAAUGUUUACGGGGUCCAAGUGCCAGGGCACGAGGGACGCAUAGGAAUGGCCGCUGUCACGGUAAAGGAAGGCGCCCUGUUCGAUGGAAGUAAAAUAUACAAUCAUGUGGUUAGCUACCUGCCUGCAUAUGCGAGACCGCGCUUUAUAAGGAUUAAAGAUGUGGUGGAGUUGACAGGCACGUUCAAGCAAAUGAAACUCAAAUUAGUGGAGGAGAAUUUUGAUCCGGGACGAAUCCAGGACCCGCUGUACAUCCUGGAUGACAAGCAAAAGAGUUAUGUACCUCUCACAGUUCAGAUCCACAGUGCCAUUGUAUCAGGAAGCAUGAAGCUCUAA